GGCGCCCCCCUGUUCCUCCCGCUGCUCUAAAAUCCCCCUUCAUCGCUUCCUCCGCGAGGUUAAAGGACCAGUAACCCGGCCGAGAUGACAACUUUACGGGCUUUCACCUGCGAUGACUUGUUCAAAUUCAACAACAUCAACCUGGACCCGCUGACGGAGACCUAUGGGAUCCCGUUUUACCUCCAGUACCUCGCCCACUGGCCCGAGUACUUCAUCGUGGCCGAGGCGCCGGGCGGAGAGCUGAUGGGCUACAUCAUGGGGAAGGCGGAGGGCUCGGUGGCGCGGGAGGACUGGCACGGCCACGUGACGGCGCUGUCGGUGGCGCCCGAGUUCCGGCGGCUGGGCCUGGCCGCCAAGCUGAUGGACAUGCUGGAGGAGAUCUCCGAGAGGAAGGGCGGGUUCUUCGUGGACCUGUUUGUGCGCGUCUCCAACCAGGUAGCGGUGAGCAUGUACAAGCAGCUGGGCUACAGCGUGUACCGCACCGUCAUAGAGUACUACUCGGCCAGCAACGGGGACCCCGACGAAGACGCAUACGACAUGAGGAAGGCGCUCUCCCGGGACACGGAGAAGAGGUCUAUCAUCCCUCUGCCCCACCCCGUCAGGCCGGAGGACAUCGAGUGACCCCUGACCCCCCCCACCCUGUGAGGUCAUAGUUACCCCUGACCCCGUGAGACCAGAGGACAUAAUGACCCCUGACCCCGUCAGACUAGUGACCCCUCAUUGCGUUACUGUACAUAGGUAAAUACGACAGGAAGUGGUGUUGGUCUGGCUUCCUGUCCGCUCGUUCAGUCAGACACUGGUUACCCACGGACCCUCAAACUUCUUUUAUACGAGUAGAGUUCACAUUUGUUACCACAAAGUUCCUGAGGAAAUGUUUUGUUGUGAAAUAAUGCAAGUUUGUUGUUGAAGAGGUGUGUAUUUACAGUGGAUUCACAGAUACAAACAUGGACAAUAAAGAUCGCUCUAAGGCCAGUAU